ACCGAGUAAAUGGAGAGCUGUAUUUGGACUGAGAGAGCUGAAGAAAUUUGAUAGCUGGACUGUUGUAAGAGAUCUCCAAAUGAUAGUUAUGCAUGAGCAUUACAGUAGGCCAAAUAACGAUGUGGCAUUAGUGAAAAUGGAAGAAGCUAUACCGCUUGGGGAUUUCAUCAAGCCAAUAUGUUUUCCAACUACAGACAAGUUUGAUUACAGCCUGUGGAAAGGCUGUUAUGUCACAGGAUGGGGACUGCAAGAGGAAUAUGGGAAAGUUGCUCCUGUACUACAGCAAGCUGCACUAACUCUUAUCCCUUCUGACGUCUGCAGGAAAAGGGAAGUGUAUGGAGACAGCAUCACUGAAAACAUGAUCUGUGCCGGAUACAUAAGUGGGGGUAUUGAUGCAUGUCAGGGUGACAGUGGUGGACCACUUUCUUGCCAUCCUGAGUCAACAGAUAACUAUUUUCUCAUUGGGAUAGUAAGCUGGGGUGAAGGAUGUGGACAAGCUUUCAAACCUGGAGUUUAUACCUUAACCAGUAAAUAUGUUGACUGGGUACAGCGGCAUGUGACUCUAGCAGGUGAGUCACAAGUAACCAACCUGGAAACUCCAGUGAAAAAUGAGCCAGUAUAUGUUCCAGCAUGCGAUGAAGCAGUGACAUUUAGAAAUUUAAACACCUGCUUUGAAUACUUAAUCUUUGUAUUUUCAUGUAUUUGUAUUAUUUUACAAGGUUAUCUUGUGUAGGUGUUCAUAAAAAAUGCCUGUGGUGAACCUGUGCAGAAAUGUUAGUGACCAAAACAAAUGUAUUUUCCUACAAAUAAAUGAUGUACUUAUAUCUGUGUGUGAUACUUCAUUGCAUUAUUAUACUAGAUGUG